AUGGCACGAAGAGUCUUGAAACUUACCUCAUUGGUAGCAGCUGCUUCUGGCAUCUACCUUUAUGGAAACAAGUUCCUGGAUCCCAAUGAUUUUGGAGUUGUUCGUGUGGGCCGAGCCAUUGCCACAACAGCAAUUAUCAGCUAUGACUACCUCUCCUCUCUUCGGAGUGUCCCAUAUGGAUCAGAGGAGUAUGACAUCCUCAGAUCACAGGUGCAUCUGCGCUCUGCUGAGCGCCUACGUGAGCUGUGCUGCGCCAACCGAGGCACCUUCAUCAAGGUGGGACAGCACCUGGGAGCACUGGACUACCUGCUGCCUGAGGAGUACACACGCACCCUCAAAGUGUUGCACAGCCAAGCCCCACAGAGCACCAGACAGGAGAUAGAGCAAGUUAUCCGUGAGGAUCUGGGCAAAGAGGCGAAGCAACAUUUCUCCAAAAAGAGAGGGAAGAGUAGAUUCAAUGAGCAUUGUUCAAGUGAGAGACAGCUCAAGAUGGAAGAGCAAAUUAAGAUAAAGGGAAAAGAGCUCUUUGUGAGUUUUGAGGACACUCCCUUAGGAGCAGCAUCACUAGCCCAGGUGCACAAGGCAGUCCUGCAGGAUGGAAGAACAGUGGCAGUGAAAAUCCAGCACCCAAAGGUCCAAGCCCAGAGCUCCAAGGAUAUUUUGCUUAUGGAGGUUCUCCUCUUGGUUGUGAAGCAGAUCUUUCCAGAUUUUGAGUUCAUGUGGCUGGUGGAAGAAGCUAAGAAGAAUCUGCCCUUGGAGCUGGAUUUCCUCAAUGAAGGCAGAAAUGCUGAGAAGGUUGCUGAUAUGCUCAAGAAUUUUGACUUCCUGAAGGUCCCCAGGAUCUACUGGGAGCUCUCGUCAAGGCGUGUCCUUCUCAUGGAAUUUAUGGAAGGGGGACAAGUGAAUGAUAGGGCCUACAUGGAGAGGAAUGGCAUCAAUGUCAAUGAGAUCUCUCGAAACCUGGGGAAACUCUACAGCGAAAUGAUCUUUGUGAAUGGCUUUGUGCACUGUGACCCACACCCAGGCAAUGUGCUAGUGAAGAAGUGCCCAGCCUCUGGCAAGGCCCACAUUAUCCUCCUGGACCAUGGGCUCUACCAGGUGCUGAGUGAGUCAUUCCGCAUGGACUACUGCCACCUUUGGCAGGCCCUCAUCAAGGCUGACAUGAAGAGAGUGCAGAAGUACAGCCGGCGGCUCGGGGCAGGGGAUUUGUACCCUCUCUUCGCCUGCAUGCUGACUGCCAGGUCCUGGGAGUCUGUCAACAGGGGCAUUGAUCGGUCACCGGUCUCAGCCAGCGAGGAUGUGGAGAUUCGUUCCAAUGCUGCUGCUUACCUGCCCCAGAUCACUCAGCUCCUCAACAAUGUCCCCCGCCAGAUGCUGCUGCUGCUGAAGACCAAUGACUUGUUAAGGGGAAUCGAGGCAGCCCUGCACACGCGGGCCAGUGCCAGCUCCUUCCUCAACAUGUCUCGCUGCUGCAUCAGAGCCGUUUCCACGUACCAGAGGAGCAAGAGUCACUCACUUUACAGGAGGGCCCAGAUCUCACUCACAGAGUCCCUGAGCCUGUGGCAGAUCAACUUGUAUGAACUGUUCCUGUGGCUGAAAGGGUCCCACCUGGGAAAGCUGGUCCUUGCUGUCCUGAGUCGGAUGCACCAUUCCAUGUACUGACCUGAACUGGUGGGAGAGAUCUGGGUGCUCUCCCUCCCUCCGUUCUGCUCACCACAGCACAUUUGCCUUUCUGACUGUGUUUGUUUAUUCUGUGGGCUAUUUUGGUGUCUUGUUCCACAUUACAGGCUGCACUGUCCUUACCUGCUACAGCACUAGCUCUCUCUCUGGCGCUGGAACGUGGAGUUGGUCCUGGAGCACUGCCAUUUCAUGGUUUAGGAAAAGGAGGUGAGGGAUACCAUGUGUCAGGAAGAGCAGAAUGCUUUCUUUCCCCAUCUGAGCAGAAUAAACUCCACUCAGAUUCUAGUGGGACAGCACUGGAAGCAAAAACCUUUCCUUAAAGAAUUGUACAAAAUUUAAGAGAAUCCCCACCCUGCCUAGAAUGCCUGAAAACAUUUCUCAGACCCUUAGAGAGGUGGAAAGUCCAUUUAAAAUCCAACAGGCUUUAUAUUAGUUUUAGCAAUCUCCUUAGUCUGAUUUCUGUUCAGGUGUUCAGGGCUCUGAAACUGUUGGUAAUAAUGUAU